UGGUCCCGUGCGCUCCAGGCCCCGCGGCUAUGGCUGACGCUGCGCGCUACAGCGCUCUUUGCAGGGCAGCGUUGAGUCUAGAGUACCUGUAUACAAACUCCACAACACACGACUUUUUAUUUGGAGCCAUCGCUGAACUGAUUGACAAUUCCAGAGAUGCGGAUGCCACCAGACUUGACAUAUAUACAGUGAAUAAUGAGAACCUGCAAGGAGGAUUUAUGCUGUGCCUUUUGGAUGAUGGAUGCGGCAUGACUCCUCGGAAAACUGUGGAUCUUGUGCACUUCGGAAGAUCCUCUAAGCGGGAUAAGCCUGACAUGAUUGGAUGCUAUGGCAACGGGCUUAAAUCAGGGUCCAUGCGCAUAGGGAAAGACUUAAUAUUAUUCACCAAGGAAGAGAAUACAAUGACAAGCCUCCUUUUGUCUCAGACGUUUUGUGAAACAGAAGGUCUCAGUGAGGUUAUAGUCCCAAUUCUUUCAUGGUCAAGUCAUACAAGAGAGCCAAUAAUAGACAGUCCAGAGACAUUUGCUACACAGUUGUCCAUAAUUUACAAAUAUUCACCUUUUAAGAAUAAUGCUGAAGUGAUGAAGCAGUUUGAUGCCAUUUAUGGAAAAACAGGAACCUUGCUGGUAAUAUACAAUCUGAAACUCACACUCAAUUUUGAGCCAGAACUUGAUAUCCUAACAGAUGUAGAGGAUAUGUUGCUUGCUGUGUCACCUGAGAACCUUCCAGAACGACAGUCGCUGAGAGCCUACACAGCUGUAUUGUACUUAGAGCCACGAAUGAAGAUAUUCAUUCAAACCAAGGAAGUAGAAACCAAGCGUUUGCCUCAUUGCUUUUACAGACCCAGGAUGUAUCCAUACAUAUCAUCUUCAUUCAAACAUGCUGCUAGAAAUGAGCUGGAAAAGGCAGAAAUGGAUGUGAAGGCUGCUGAAGGUGCUGUGAGAGAAGCCAAGAGCAAGCUACAGCAGUCACAGGACUCCCUCUUCCAGGAAAAACUUGAGCUUGCAUUAAUGGAUGCAAUGGAGAAUGAAAAGGAAAUGAGGGAAACAGUGAAAGACAAGCAGAGAAAUCUGAAAAAACCAAAAAAGCUCUUCUUAACAUUUGGAGUCAACAUUCUGAACAGAAGUCAAUAUGGCAUGCUUAUCUACAGCAAUAAACGCUUGAUCAAGAUGUUUGAGAAAGUGGGACCACAGAAGAAUAGAGGAUCUUAUUUUGCUUCCGGAGCUGUAGGGAUCGUGGAUGUGCCAUGCGAAGUCAUGGAGCCAACGCACAACAAGCAGGCCUUUGUAAACACUAGGGAAUAUAACCACUUGUUGAAGGCAAUGGAAAACUGUCUUAUUCAGUAUUGGAAAGACAUAGGAUUAAGUCAAAAAGAAGAAGCCUUGUUCUGGAACGAUUUUGGGUAUCUGAGUAACAAGUGGUCUGAAAAACCUUCAGAGAGCAUCCAGUACAAGAGAAGGCGGGCUGUGGAAAUCCCUGACAUUGUUCAGUGUGAUAUUUGCCUCAAAUGGAGACUCCUGUCAUUUGACACCGAUAUAAACCACGGAGGGCAUCACAGCAUCUGGAACUGCAGACAGAAUCCUAACCCUCUCGAAAAUAAGUGUGAUGUACCAGAAUGUUUGCCCCCCAUCCCUUUGGGCACCUUCAACCCAACUAAGUCACAUGACAAACAAAAGCUUGUCGUAGAAGCCAUUCGGCAACGUAAAUGGAGGCUGGAAAAUCUGGAACAGAAACUUCACUUGAUAGAACCCCAUACAAUUGCCCAGCCUACAGCCGACAGCAAAACUCGUAAGGAUAAGAUGCUGUGCGAGAGAAAAGCUUUUCAUAAAGAUCCACAUCCAGCCUGCAGACGUUUGAUUAAGAGUAGUACAAAUAAAAGACGCACACAGCACUCGAGCCAUCAAAAGGAGCCACCUGCAAAGCAAAUGACUUCGCCUCAAAGGAGACAGCAUCCUUGUCAGGAAGAAAAAUGUUCCCUUUCAGCGGAGGAAGAGAGGAAGGAUCACGAUAUGGCAGAGGUACAGGCAUAUGGCAGCAUGUCCCUUUCAGCGGAGGAAGAGAGCAAGGAUCACGAUAUAUCAGAGGUACAGGAAUAUGGCAGCAUGUCCCUUUCAGCGGAGGAAGAGAGCAAGGAUCACGAUAUAUCAGACGUACAGGCAUAUGACAGAAUGUCCCUUUCAACAGAGAAAGAGAGCAAGGAUCACGAUAUAUCAGAGGUGUCACCUAUUGAAAUACAAGAUGAAAAGCCAUGUAAUGAAAAGCUUGAGUUCAGCAAAACUGAAGCAGAUAGCAAGCGAGAAAUCAUUUGUAUUAUAAUAUCUGACAGUGACACCGAAGUUAUGCCAGAAGAUGAAGACGUUGUUUUCAUGCACAAAGAGGAAAAACAGGAAGAGUGCAAUGAAAAGGGAGGCAGUGCAUUCAGCCCAAAUAGUUGUUUUGAUUUUGAGAAAAAACAUUUGCCACCAGUGGACUUGGAAAGCAUGCCAGGAAUUGAGUAUGCAAAGCCUGUGUUCUACCCCACAGCUAUGGUUCCUUCCCUGUUUGGGAGGAGGGGUAUGGUCCUUGAACUGAUCUUUGUGGUAUGUCUGUUCAGUGGCUCCAUGGAGACUUCAGAAGACGACAGCAAAGAGCAAGCUCUUGUUGCUGAGCAGGAGUCUAAUGAUGCAGUUUCGCACACAUGUGGAGAUCCCCAGAGCAUUUCUGAAAACAAAAUGGUAGAAACAUUGACAGCUCGCAUCAAAGAGAUCCUGCUUUAUUUUUUACCCAAAUGCAAUCUUUCAAGAGAACAUCUUUCUUCUAUGACCCCUGAAGACAUUUUAUCUAUGUUCAAGCUGCACUGGGAUUCUGAGCGGAAUAACACUGUGCCUGUGGACCUGAAUCAGUAUAUUUCGCAAUAUGAAGAUCAUCUUUCAGAAAAACUCCAGUCUAUAAAGCAGCAUGGGCUUCUAGCCAAAUGUGCCGCCGAAAAAAAGAUUAGUCUGUGCAGGACGCAAAUAAAAGUGGCAGAAGAACGAAUUAAGCAUCUGCAGGAGAAAGUAGCACAAUUUCUAAUGAGCAUCCAUCCACAUCUUCAAAUAGAUAACCAGGAUGACAUUGGCAACAUCCUAGAAAAGGUUCUGAAGUAAGACAGACUUAAGAGCAUUGGUCCCUGUGAAUAGUUAACUCCACAAAAUUAAGCUGAACUUUCUUUGUUCCAUGAAGAAAUUGGGAAAGGUCUUAGCACUUGAUAAUGUAUGGCCAAAAAUAUAAACAGACAGCAAACAAGCCACACAGGACACAGUCUUCAUUGAAAAUAUUACAGCAGAGCUUGCAGAGGAAAGGAUAUGAAUGGUGUCAUCCUAAGUAUGGUUUGUUCUUUGCCUACGAUAUUUUGGUGAUGUUGCAUCCAGCCCUACUUGCACUGCUGCUGUGUAGCUUCUCUUCAUUUCAGCGGAACACUCCACGCGAAUGUGUGGACAUGGUUCAGCCAAAUGGGUCCUUGUGAAUAUUAUGUAGUUGGGGGGAAACCCCCUGAAACAUUUGUUGUUGCUUUAAAAGUUAUUUCUGUUCGUUUGUUUGUUUGUUUGUUUGGAAAAAAUAACCUCACUAAACAUAAUAUGUUAACUUGUAUCAAUGUAAAUAGUGGGCAUUUUGGGGGGUUUGUUCCCCCCAAAAAAACACGGAUUAAAGCUUUUCAUUUCAACGUAUUCAUGAUACAAAUCACCUUGCAUAAU